GCGGCAUGUGGGAUCUGCCCGGGCCAGGGCUCUGAACCCAUGUCCCCUGCAUUGGCAGGCGAAUUCUUAACCACUGCGCCACCAGGGAAGUCCUGGAACCCUCCUAAUUUUUUAAGCGUUGGGAACUAAGUUUUAAAAAAAUUGAACCCUUGUGAGUGCACACAGCACACCGAUGGGGUGGUACAAGGGCCAGUGGUGCCUGUCUUCCUGGGUGAAGUGGAUGUAUCUCAGAGGACUCUGAUAGGCCGAAGGCAGGGGGCCUGGGAACGUUUCCAGCAGGAAUCUUCCUGGAAUCUGACUACAGGGCUGGCCCUCACCCCUUUCCUGACACUCAUCCCCUGUGCCCUGUUAAGGAGAAAUGAGUGCCUUGCCCCAGGGAGUGAAGCGCAGUCUCUGUUCUCCCGUUUUGGGAGCCUUAGCUCUCAGAGUCUGAAGGGAAGACAGAAGCUGAGAGGUGGACUAUGAAGCCACCAGGGAUGUCUGAGGGUUUGGGACCCCAUGCAUGGCUGGGUCAGACCCCUUUGUCACCUCUAUCCCUAGCCUUGAGAGGGAGCUGGUCGGGGGCGGGGGGAGGGCAGCGUCUGGAAAAAUCAGAUUGAUGCCACAUCUUUCCAAAGUGUGAGACAUAGGUGUAGGGGUGGGUACUGAGGAGUUCCCAGGUCUCUUCGUUUCCUAAGUUUGCUCUUAGGGAGAGAGAACUCCAUGCCAGUCUUGGCGGGAACCCAGAGGAGCUGCUGACUGGUCUGGGAGCCUUAAAUGAAAUCCAGGGACGUCUCCACGGAGACACCCAUAAGACUUUCAGGAGCUCUGUGUACUGAAAAGGACCACCAUAUCCGUCCACUCGGCAAAGUGUCCUUCGUCCUGUAACGACAGCUGCAAUUUGAAACGUCAAAUAUCAAAAUCCUUACACAAAAUAUAUUUUCCCACUUUGGCGCUCCUGCUUGGCUGGUGUCACGAGCACGUGCCAGGUAAAGCGAUCGUGAGCCGGCAACGCGGAUCUGGGAGUCACCUCCCGGCCGAGAGCAGGUGCAGCCGGCCUCGGGACCCCAGACCCGGAACCCUCCAAGGCUCCUGGCCAGAAGCUGGAGGGGACUUGGCCAACAAGACCAAGAAACAACUCGGCUGAGCUUUGUAGCUCUGAGACAGAAAAUGUCUGCGGAUGGUGGAGGCAUCCGUGCUACCCAGGACAAGGAGGGAGCCCAAGAGACUCCAGGUCAUGGGCAUUCUUGUCAAGAAAUGCUUUCCGAGUCGGAGGGGACAGUGCCGUUGGGAGCCACUCAGGAGUCACCCCACAUCAAGAUGGAGCCGGAAGAGCCGCACCCUGAGGGGGCAUCACAGGAGGCCAGAGCUCAAGGAGUACGGGGCUGGGUGCCCCUAAGCCAGGGCUCUAAGGAGAAAUCACAUUUCCUGCCUGGCGGAGCCCUCCCCUCCCCCCAGAUCUCUGUGCUUUCUCACGAGGGGAGGACCAGAGACCGGCGGAUGGCCGCGGCGCUCCUCACUGCCUGGUCCCAGAUGCCAGUGACCUUUGAGGAUGUGGCUGUGUACCUCUCCCGGGAGGAGUGGGGGCGGCUGGACCACACACAGCAGAGCUUCUACAGGGAUAUCCUGCAGAAGAGAAACGGGCUGUCCUUGGCAGGGUUUCCCUUCAGCAGGCCUUUCUGGGCCUCUCAAGUGCAGGGCAAGGGCGAGGCCUCGGGAUCCUGCCAGCAGAUGGGAGAUGAGGAGGAGGAGAAGAGAGGAGCCAUGGAGGUGGGCAAGGAGGAGCUAGCCCCAUCCCUGGGAGCCCUUGGGGAUAUGAAGUCCUUCAAAAGCAGGGUGGGGAGAGCCCAGGGGGACGCCCCAUGGUGUGGGCAGCGAGCAGCCGGCAGCCAGAGCUCAGGGCCAGCCAAGGACGAUGUGCAGCCGGGUCCCGUGGUGGAGGCACAGUCGGAACCAGCCCCGCCUGACAUCGGCAUCCCGAAAGCCCAGGAGGGCCGCUUCCCAGAGCAACCCAGAGAGGGGGGGACGACCGCCCCUGAGAGCAGCGAGGAGGGCCUGGCCUCUGACGGCGACGCCGGCAAGAAGACCUACAAGUGCGAGCAGUGCGGCAAGGCCUUCAGCUGGCACUCGCACUUGGUGACGCACCGGCGCACGCACACGGGUGAGAAGCCCUACGCGUGCACGGACUGCGGCAAGCGCUUCGGCCGCAGCUCACACCUCAUCCAGCACCAGAUCAUCCACACCGGCGAGAAGCCCUACACCUGCCCGUCCUGCUGGAAAAGCUUUAGCCACCACUCGACGCUGAUCCAGCACCAGCGCAUCCACACGGGUGAGAAGCCCUACGUGUGCGACCGCUGCGCCAAGCGCUUCACCCGCCGCUCGGACUUGGUCACCCACCAGGGCACCCACACGGGCGCCAAGCCGCACAAAUGCCCCAUCUGCGGCAAGUGCUUCACGCAGAGCUCAGCCCUGGUCACCCACCAGCGCACCCACACCGGGGUCAAACCCUACCCGUGCCCCGAGUGCGGCAAGUGCUUCAGCCAGCGCUCCAACCUCAUCGCCCACAACCGCACACACACCGGCGAGAAGCCCUACCACUGCCUCGACUGCGGCAAGAGCUUCAGCCACAGCUCGCACCUCACUGCCCACCAGCGCACCCACCGUGGUGUCCGGCCCUACCCCUGCCCCCUGUGCGGCAAGAGCUUCAGCCGGCGCUCCAACCUGCACCGGCACGAGAAGAUCCACACGGCGGGGCCCAAGGCCCUGGCCAUGCUGAUGCUGGGGGCAGCCGGGGCUCUGGCGGCACCCCCUCCGGCCCCCACCUAGGAGGCUGAGAGGCAGGGGCUGGCCUGGAGACAGGGAAGGAGGGGGAUUGGAGCAGGGGCAGCUGCUGCGGGGGUGUGACCUGGGAGGCCCAGGAAGGGAGUUGGGGAGGUGCUGGCAUGGGGAUGGGGCGCGGCAACAUGGGAGGAGCUCGGGUGAGGAGGAGGCAUGCUCACUGCAAAUUAAAGGCCUUGGAAUUCGAGCGACA